UUUUGAAAUACGCGGGUUACGAGUAAUUGUGAUCGCAAAAGAAGUCUGAAUUGUAAUUGGUCAAGCGAUCACGUGGUACUCUACACUUGACGCAUGAUAGGUUAAUUUUUUCAUCCGUGAAAGUGUGACGCAGCCUGAAUGUGAUUUUCGACUGUGUACGAUAUAAACAGUGAAACGUGAAGGAGAAAUGUCAAGUACGUAGUCGUGGAUUAGUCUAUUGUAGAACGCCGGGAGUGUUAGAGUUUUAUAGAUUUUUGUAAGUAAUUGUUAACGCAAUUAUCGUGAAAAUUGAAUUAAACCCGGUCAGUAUUAAUUUUGUAUGAUAAAUAUAUGACGAAUUAGAUAUUAAAGUAGAUAAGUAAGCGUACACAUAUGUAUAUACAUAUAUAUAUAUAUAUAUAUAUGUAUAUAUAUAUAUACACACAUGUAUAUAUACAAUACACAUAAUUACUUAAGUAGUUCAAGCACGAUUGGUUGAAAUCGUUUUGAAGAAAUUACUGCAAUUAUCGCGAAUAAUAUAGGUUAAUUUAUCGAACUAUUCAUUAAAAAUUCAAUAGUUACGAAUAAUUUCCCUAAGAGAUUUGUUCUUUCUUUUACAUCUAUACUAAUCGAAAGAAAUUGAUUUCUCUUCUCACGUACUUCGUUGGAAAUAUUUUCUACGUCACGCUUUAAUUUGUACGUAGCCUAUUUAAGAGUUCGGUACAGAUCGUCAAAGGUGCGAGACAAAUAUGCGGCCUCGAAUAUGAAAGGUUUAUAGUUUAUAAAAGUUAUAAACUCGACUGUUCUUGUGGUUUAUAUUUUCAAUAUAUGAAGCAUCAAAAAUGGAUCGAGAUAAGGUCAUAGGAAACUUGCGAGCAGCAUUAUUAUCUUCAAAAGGAGGGGUACACAUAAAUGAAGUAGACCGAGAUUUUAGAACAAUUAUUGGUGAAAAUAUACCAUAUCGUAGGCUUGGAUAUCAAUCUCUAGAGGCUUUCUUAAAAUCAAUAUCUGGAAUUAAAAUUACUAAUAAAGGUGGACAAACAUAUGUAGAAGCUCUACCUAAUGAGAAGUCUUUUCAUCUUUCCAAAUUAAUAUCACAACAAAAGAGUGGGAAUAAGAAAGAGUUCCGAAAAGGUUUCUAUCACAAUUCAACGCCAUGUCGAAUGCCAUAUUCAACGAAGAAAGUUGUUUUCCCUGGGAAAAAUGUUAAUGCAAAUUCCUCUAUGCAGACUAAAAAUUCUAUGAAAAACAACACUAAUCAAAAACAAGAAAAGAUUGUACCUCUCAUGCAAGUUCCAACAGGAUAUAUACCGCCAUCUUCUUUAGGAAGACCUAGAUAUAUACAACCGGUGUCGGGAGCACCUACUUUUCCUAGCAAAAGACUAAAGGAUAGAAAAUCAAAUGCUAUUCAAACGAUAAUGAACGAAAAUGUUAAUAAACAUAAUAAUAAUACAUUUUUUAAAAGCAAUGACAAUGCUGAAAAAUCUGCAACACCUGUGAUAACAUCAAAACCAAACACACUACAGAAAUAUUCAGAAGCUUGUAGUAAUGAACAAUCAUCUUCAAAUAUAAGUGGAAGACUUAAAAUUAAUUCAGAUGUUCCAUCCCAUUCGCUCAUAAGUAAUAAUGUAUCAACGUUUCAACAUUCUGAAGUGUUAUCACCGUUAUCUCCUGCACAAUUAAUAGGAAACAAACCAAUUUCAUUUGCUACUGCACAAUCAUUAAAGGUGCAAGAAAAUAAUCAGAAGAAGACAAUUUUGAAAUCAACAGUAUCCUUAGAAGAUCCGAGACAUCAAUUGAAAAUCUGUGCAAAAAAUCUUAGUUUACCUGAACCUAUAUACAGGAUAUUACCAGCAACUACUAGAACCUCAACAGUAAUGAGUAUAUAUGCUCAUGUUAAGAUUGGACCACAUGGAUAUAGCAAUUAUCCCUAUGAUGUAAGUUCCGAAGAUGAAGCUCAACGAUUAGCAGCUGAAAUAGCAUUAAAGGAUCUUAUUGAUAAAUUUGGUUCAUUACCUAAUAUCACUGAAACUACCAAUAAAGAAUUAAUACAAAAACGUAUAGUGGCAAUUGUAAAUACUCACAUGAAUGGAGUUUUCAAGGAUCAAAUACCUUUAUAUUACAAACAAAGAUAUGGAGAGUGUUUGCCUGGAGAUUGGUUUGACGUCAUAAAAAAAUGUUCUGAAAUUAUAUUAGAAAAAGGUGCUGAUAAUUCAAUUAUUCUACAACGUUCUGAGAUUACAAAAGAAAAGGUACGUGAUCCAAUUUCACCAAAAUCAGAUAAAAUAUUAUUGAAUCCAAUAGGACCAACAAUACCAGGACAAUUGCAAUUGCCAGAAGAUCAGUAUUGGAUCGUAUAUGUUUGUUGUGUGAUAAGUACAGUCGAUGUUUGGGUUCGACUCGCUGGUCCUGAUUAUAGUGACAAAUUUGAUAUUAUGAUAGCUGAGAUGAUGGAAUGUUAUGGUCGAAGCCAACCAUCUGUAAAAUCCGUCGAGAUAGGAGAUUAUUACGCGAUAUUUGAAGAUGAUUGUUGGCAUAGAGUUCGCUGUGAAGAAUUUGACAGUGUUACUGGAAUGGUUACUGUGUUAUUCAUUGAUCAUGGCGAUGAAGAUCAACGUUCCUUAAAUGAUUUACAUAUACUGGAUAAAAAAUUUUGCAGCCUAUCUGCACAAGCGAUGCGUAUGUGUUUAGCUGGUUUGGAAGAUUUUAGAGAUUGCGAGACUGUUUUGGCUCAUAUUGAAAAUUUAUUACUUGGCCAAGCUUUUUAUGUCGAAGUGCUUAAUCAGGGCUUCGAUAAAGAUGGUCCAUAUGCUACUGUUGAAUUUUAUGAUACAAGUGGUCCAGAUGAUAUUAAUUUAAAUAAAAUUCUAUAUAAGCAAAUAUUGCAGAAUAUUAUAGCUUUACCACAAAUGAACGUUGCAGGACAAGUAACAGAAGUUUUUGUCUCACACGUAGAAAAGAAUGGUGAUGUUUACAUUCAGAUACAAACAGAAGGAAUGAAAUACCUAAUUCGUUUGAUAAAUCGUUUGACACAAACUGGUUUAACCGCGGAUAUUUUGAAAUACAGUAUAGUUACUGUUGUCGACAGAAUGAAAAAAUAUUUUGUAUCUGUGGAUGGAAAUUGGUAUAGAGGAGAAGUGAUGAAUAUUUAUCCAAAUGGUCAAGUGAAGGUGUUCUUAAUUGAUUUUGGAAAUGCAGUCAUUGCGAGUAAAGCCAAUUUAUUGCAUUUGGAAAAACUUUCUGAUUUAUUAACGAAAUAUCCUGCACAGGCUAUGAAAGUACAUCUUCACAAUAUUGAAAAAUCAAUGUGUAAUGAGAAGAUGGUUUCUCGGCUAAGAAAACUUGUUCCACAGGGUGAACCAAUUCUUAUGAAGGUGAUCGCACAUUCAACCGUUGGCACACCAUUAGUAGAAUUGUUUAAACGUGUUCAACCCGACAAUGUUCUUGCUUCUAUCAAUACUACUUUAGCAUUUGAAGAACAUGAAAGAACUAUUGGCGACGGCAAUAAUAAUGUAAAAUCAAGAAAACGCAUUACGUCACGAGCAAUAACGAACGAAGAAGACGAUGUUAUAAAAACGUUAAAACCUCCGAAGAUCACAGGACUUGGCGAAUUUUUUGAUGUACACGUUACAAUGGCAGCCAAUCCUGGAAAUUUUACUGUUCAACCAUUAGACGACAAACGAUCUUUAGAGGCGAUGAUGAUCGAAUUGCAAGAAGUUUGUUUAAAUUAUCAUGGAUCAUAUCCAACCGUUGCAUCGAUUAGAGAAGGAAAUCUUUAUGCAGCGAAACAUAUAGAUGAGCAUUGGUAUAGAGUGUCCGCUUUGAAUAUUAUCAAUGAAAAUAUGGUCACCGUAUAUUUCUGUGAUUUUGGUGAUGUAUCUAUUCUAUCGUUAGACAAGUUACAACCUUUAAAAAGUCAAUUUUUAGAAUUACCAUAUCAAGCAAUAAAGGCCAAGCUAGUUGGAAUAAGGCCUAUUAACAUGGAUUGGUCAGUUGAAGAUUGCCUAAGAUUUCAGCGAUUGGUAUUAGAAAAGAAUUUUGUAUCAAUAGUUGUUGAAUCAACUCACGAUGAUGUUAAUCCUGCUGAAACUAUACUUGGUCUAAAAUUGAUAGAUGUAGAGACAUCGGAAGACAUUUAUAUCGAUCAGCUUUUAGUAGAGGAAGGUCGUGCAGUAUAUACAGACUGAUUUGAUUGUAAUAAUAGUAAUUCAAAAUAGUAGUACCAAAAGUUAAUAUACAUUUCCAUAUUGAAAUAAAAGUAAAAAGAUAAAAACAAGAAAAUAAAAAAAAAAAAAAAAAAAAAAAAUAAAUAAAAAUAAAAAAUGAUAAAAAAAAAAAGAAAUAGAAGAAAAAAGUCUAAAAAAAGAAGAGAAAAAGAAAAAAGAAAAAGAAAAGAAAAGAAAAGACAAGACUUUUGUUAAAAAAGAGAUAAUUGUAAUCUUAAUCAAAAAAAAUAGAGUGCAUGUCUCUAAGGAAGUAUUUUACAAGGUUGUGUUCACGAAAGAUUUAAUUUUUAUAAUUUUGUUUUCUUUUUUUUUCCUCUUUUAUAUAUUUAAAACAUCAUCUUUUCUCUUAUCUUUAAUAUAUUACAUCAAAUUUCUUGAUAUCUCUAUUACAGAGAAAGAGAGAAAGAGAGAGAUAGAGGGAGAAGGAGGGAGAGGAAGGGAGAGGGAGAGAGAGAAAGAAAGAAAGGAAAAGAGGGAGACAGCAAUAUAUAUCUGGUAUAUGUGCUUUAUUUAUAUGUUCCUUGAAUCUAUAACAAUAGAGACUUUUUUUCAUAUAUUAUUAUGACUAUGAUAAUAUAUAUUAUAUAUAUAUUAUUAAUAAUAAUUAAAUAAUCAUUAUUAAUAUAUAUAUAUAUAUAAAAAAAAAAAUAUAUAUAUAUAUAUAUAUAUAUAUAUAUAUUUAUUUAUAUAUAAGUUCAACAUAAAUAGCGUUUGAACUAUUCUUAAAUAGUUUUAUGAUUUUCUUAAGAAAUUAUGUGUACUAUGAAUUUGAAAGAUUUUUUUCAAUCAACUAUAGCUUUUAUAGAAAAUGCAGAGAAAGAGACAGAGAGAGAGAAGAAUUUAAAUAACGUAGUUUCAUCAACUCGUAGUAAAACUAUAUAUUAUAAAGAAAUUUUUGGCUGUGGUCUGUAGAGGACUAUAGAUGUAAUAAUUUGAUUGUAAGCAUUCCAUUUUGUUUCUUGUUUUUUUUUCUUUUUUGUUGCUUUAACUAAUAUAUAUGAAAUUAAAUGUUAUCGAUAAAAAAAAUGUUUCAGGGUAAUUAUUCCAAUAUUUUAAAACGAGAUUGGUUGUGAUAUGAA